CCCGCUCCCCUGGAGUGGGAGGCAGCGGUCGCGGCGGGAGCAGGCCGGCGCCGUGCGGGUGGCAGUGACAGGAGGCGCGAGCCGGUGCCCCCUCCCCCACGCGGCACGCUGCGUCCCCGAGGCCGCCGCCCGAAUCUCCGCGAUGGAGCCCGCAGUGUCCCUGGCCGUGUGCGCCCUGCUCUUUUUGCUCUGGAUCCGCGUGAAAGGGCUUGAGUUCGUGCUAAUCCACCAGCGCUGGGUGUUCGUGUGCCUCUUCCUGCUGCCUCUCUCGCUCAUCUUCGACAUCUACUACUAUGUGCGCGCCUGGGUGGUGUUCAAGCUCAGCAGCGCGCCGCGGCUGCACGAGCAGCGCGUGCGGGACAUCCAGAAACAGGUCCGAGAAUGGAAGGAGCAGGGCAGCAAGACGUUCAUGUGCACCGGGCGCCCCGGCUGGCUCACAGUCUCACUGCGGGUUGGGAAGUACAAGAAGACACACAAAAACAUCAUGAUCAACAUGAUGGAUAUUCUGGAGGUAGACACCAAGAAACAGAUUGUCCGUGUGGAGCCCUUGGUGACCAUGGGACAGGUGACUGCCCUGCUGACCUCAAUUGGCUGGACGCUGCCUGUGUUGCCUGAACUCGAUGACCUCACCGUAGGGGGCUUGAUCAUGGGCACCGGCAUCGAGUCAUCAUCCCACAAGUAUGGCUUGUUCCAGCACAUCUGCACAGCCUACGAACUGGUCCUGGCCGAUGGGAGCUUUGUGCGAUGCACGCCGUCAGAAAACUCAGAUCUGUUCUACGCUGUGCCCUGGUCCUGUGGGACACUCGGCUUCUUGGUGACCGCCGAGAUCCGAAUCAUCCCUGCCAAGAAGUAUGUCAAGCUGCGGUUCGAGCCAGUGCGGGGCCUGGAAAAUAUCUGUGACAAGUUUUCCCGCGAGUCCCAGCGGCUGGAGAACCACUUCGUGGAGGGGCUGCUCUACUCCCUUGAUGAGGCUGUCAUCAUGACGGGCGUCAUGACAGACGAAGCAGAGGCCAGCAAGCUGAAUAGCAUUGGCAGUUACUACAAGCCAUGGUUCUUCAAGCACGUGGAGAAAUACCUGAAGACAGACCAAGAGGGCCUGGAGUACAUUCCCCUGAGGCAGUAUUAUCACCGCCACACGCGCAGCAUCUUCUGGGAGCUCCAGGACAUCAUCCCCUUCGGCAACAACCCUGUUUUCCGCUACCUCUUUGGAUGGAUGGUCCCUCCCAAGAUCUCCCUCCUGAAGCUGACCCAGGGCGAGACCUUGCGCAAGCUGUACGAGCAACACCACGUGGUGCAGGACAUGCUGGUGCCCAUGAAGUGCAUGCUGCAGGCACUGCACACCUUCCACAACGACAUCCACGUCUACCCCAUCUGGCUGUGCCCAUUCAUCCUACCCAGCCAGCCAGGUUUGGUACACCCCAAAGGAGAUGAGGCCGAGCUCUACAUCGACAUUGGGGCCUAUGGGGAGCCACGCGUGAAGCACUUUGAAGCCAGGUCCUGCAUGAGGCAGCUGGAGAAGUUCGUCCGAAGCAUGCAUGGGUUCCAGAUGCUGUAUGCUGACUGCUACAUGAACCGGGAGGAAUUCUGGGAGAUGUUUGAUGGCUCCCUGUACCACAAGCUGCGGGAGCAGCUCAACUGCCAGGACGCCUUCCCUGAGGUUUAUGACAAGAUCUGCAAGGCUGCCAGGCACUGAGCCACAGCCCCUUUGAGAGAGACACACGUGGACCCUGUCCCCCAGGGCUAGGAGGCAACUUCCCUUCACCAAGCUCAACUGCUCUCCAGCUCCACACUUUCAGAUAGAAGCCCCUCCAGUAGUCCUACCCAGAUAGCCCCGUGGCUUCCUCCCAGCUCCCAAGGACAACCUAGUGGAGUGAAAGAGCCUGGGAUCCGGAAUCAGAUAAACUUGACUCCAGUUUCCAGUUUAGCCACUCAUUAGCUGUGCAUCUUUGGGUGAAUCAGUUAAUCCCUCUGAGCCCCAGUUUCUUCAUCCGUCCAAAGGGGAUACUAUCUACCU